AUGGAUGAAGAGCUGCCCUGCGCUGAGGUGGAUGGAGAAGCGUCCUCCACUGUGGAGGCUCCAGGAGAGAUGCCCCAUAUGGAGGGUGGUACCGAAGGAGACGUGUCCUGUGCCGACAGCAGUGCAGGGGGAGAGGUGCCCUGUGCUGAGACUGACACAAAAGAAGAGGCACCUUGUGCUGAGCAUGGUGGGGAAGGAGAACUGCCCGGCACCGACAGCAAUGGGGAGGGGGAAAUGCCCUGUGCCGAGAGCGAUGUGAAUGGAGAGGCGUCGUGCUAUGAGAGCGAUGGGGAGGAAGUACAGGAUACCGGAAUCCCUGCAGCUUCAAAGAAAAUAUCUUCUAUUUCUUCUCCCUUGAGGGCAAUCGUCCGCCUGCGACGACGAUUCCGGAUGCAAAAGAAAAGCCGUCUGCACUUUGAGCUCCCUCGAGAAAAGUCUUCAGAGUUUGUCCCUACGAGGCUGCUCCAAAGGCAGCUUUCCCUGAACCGAACUAGCCUGUACAGCCCGUCCAUGUCCUUCUUUAAUCAGUCCGCCUUUGAAACCUCCCAGUACUUCACCUUCGACACAUCUGUGGAGCAGUUUGCGAUGAAAAAAUGCAGGCGGAAAAAGAAUCGAAGGAAAUCUAGGAUAGUCCUGUAUCCAGAUAAAACAAAAAGAUACCUGCCGACAGAGGAGAAGAGCAAGGCAAAACGCUGCCUCCUCUUGCUCAUCGUCAUUAUCUUCUUCCAGAUCCUCAACGCAAUAGAGAACCUGGAUGAUAACCUCCAAAAGUACGACCUGGAUGGUUUGGAGAAAACAAUGCACCGGGAAGUAUUUGGACAGAAGGUUGCCGUGGAAAAUAUUAUGGAAUUACUGAAAGACUAUCUGGCUACCCACAUACACAGCAAGCCUCUAGUAAUCUCUUUAAAUGGCCCAACAGGAGUUGGAAAGAGUCAUGUUGGCUGGCUGCUGGCCAAACAUUUUCGUUCUGUCAUGGACAAUGACUUUGUGCUUCAGUACUUUGUUAUGCAUCACUGUCCCAACGGGGCGGCUCCUCUUACUUGUGAAAUAGAUCUGUCCAAGAAAAUUUCUGACAUGGUGACAAGAGCAGAAAUAGAAGAGAAGAUACCGUUGUUUAUUCUGGAUGAGGUUGAACUCAUGUCUCCGGUCCUGCUGGAUACCCUCAGCCGAUUCUUUGAACCCAAUCAGACCAACGAGUUCCUCAACGCUAUCUACAUUUUAAUAAGCAACAUAGGAGGUGGAGAAAUAACAAAGUUUGUUAUCCAGAAUGCAUCCGCUGAGCUUCUGCAUCAGCAAAGGGGAGUUGAUGAACUGCUGAGCAUCAUCCAGCCUGUGCUGAUCGAUGCUCACCCUCUCUGGAAAUCUGCGGACAUCGUCCCCUUUGUUCUUCUGGAGAAGAGUCACAUCAUAAACUGCUUCUUGGAGGAGAUGAGGAGGGAAGGGCUGUAUCCCGACCAGAACCAUAUUGAAAAUUUAGCGAGUCAGCUCAGUUACUACACUACAGGGGCCAAGCAGUACUCCAGGAUGGGCUGCAAGCAGGUGGUGGCCAAAGUCAACCUGCUGUAG